AUGGCUAACAACGAACUUUCGAUCGAGAAUGUUUUUGCUGAUGAACCAGAAGCGGAUGAAGACUUUGCAUCUGCAAUCAUUCAUCCGAGGGUGAUUGCUACUACUAUCAAGUUUGAUAAUUCCCUCUAUCAUAUGCUCAAACAAGAGGGAUACUUUCGGAAUGCAGUCGAUGAUGACCCUCACCAACACAUAACAAACUUUCUGGAUGUGUGCUCUCAGCAUAUCCAGCGGGGUGUGACUCAAGAAGCGGUUCGGCUGAAACUCUUCAAAUAUUCGUUAGCCGGAGAAGCGAGAAAAUGGUUCACAAAGCUGCCCCGAAACUCUAUUGCUACAUGGGAAGAGAUGGUCAAAGUGUUUCUCAGGAAGUGGUAUCCCCCGAGUAAAAGAGCUAAGAUUUGUGAUCAGAUUUACGAGUUCAAAUGA